AUGUCUACUGAACAAAAAAUCGUAUCACCAUCUCAAAACUUAUUGAAUGAUAAAUGGGACGUUGUCUUAUCAAACACUUUAAUCAAGACCGGCUUAGGUUUUGGUGGUGGUGUAUUGGCAUCAAUUUUGUUCUUCAAGAGAAGACAAUUUCCUGUUUGGAUUGGUGUUGGCUUCGGUUUAGGUAGAGGUUACGCCGAAGGUGAUGCUAUCUUCAGAUCUAACCACGGUUUAAGAACAGUUAAGGCCUAG